AAAAGAAUAACAAAGAAAUUUAUUUUGACUGCCAGGAUUAUUGCUUAAGAAGGAAAAGGGGAAAAUAAUUGAGUGAAUAAUGAUUAUUUUAAGCAAGUGAUACAUCAAAAAAGUAUAAAAUUGCUAGUUAAAAUUAUAAUCAAACAGUGAAAGAAGUUAGAACGUAAAAAAGUGAAAAUUAAAGUGAUAAAAAAAUUUUAGACGAAUAUAUAACAAUGGAUAUGGAUAAAUUUUGCAAUUGCAGUAUAAAGGAAAAGGAACAAGUAUAUACGGCAGCUAGAGACGGAAACUUAUUAUAUCUAAAGCGUUUUAUUGGGACUCGCUCACAAAAUGAAAUUGACGCUUUAGUAUCUUCAAAAACAGGAGGCUGCACGCCGUUAUUGAUAGCUUGUCGAAAUGGUCAUUAUGACGUAGUCCAGUACUUAAUUAAAAGAUGCCAUACAGAUGUAGAACAAUGUGGUUCAGUCAUUUUUGAUGGUGAAACAAUAGAGAAUGCCCCUCCACUUUGGUGUGCAGCGGCUGCAGGCCAUACAAAUAUCGUUAAGUUAUUAAUAAGAUAUGGUGCAAAUGUAAAUUCCACGACCAAGACAAAUUCAACGCCUUUGCGAGCAGCAUGUUUCGAUGGGCAUUUUGAGAUAGUAAAAUAUUUAGUAGCACACGGAGCUGAUAUAGAAGUAGCAAACAGACAUGGACAUACUUGUCUCAUGAUUUCUUGUUACAAAGGCCAUUAUAAAAUUGCACAAUAUCUUUUAUCACUUAAGGCUAAUGUUAAUCGUAAAUCAGUAAAAGGUAACUCUGCUUUACACGACUGUGCUGAGUCGGGUUCUUUAGAGAUUCUUCAGUUACUACUUGAGCACGGUGCAACAAUGGACGUAGAUUCAUACGGAAUGACUCCAUUAUUAGCAGCAAGCGUGACAGGACAUGUGGCGAUUGUUGAACAUCUCAUUGAAUUACCAAUUGUGAAUCGAGAUGAGAAAAUUGCGGCUUUAGAAUUAUUAGGAGCGACAUAUGUCGAUAAAAAACGUGAUAUGGUAAAUGCAUUAAGUUUUUGGAAACGAGCAAUGGAGGAAAGAUAUCAAAAAGAACCGAUAAUUGCGAAACCAACAAGAGAACCAGUUGCAGCAUAUGACUAUUCAUUGGAAGUAAAUCAUUUAAAUGCUCUUGAUGAGUUAGUAUUGGAUCCUGAUGAGAUGAGAAUGCAGGCACUCUUGAUAAGAGAAAGAAUUUUGGGUCCAGUUCAUCCAGAUACAAGUUAUUAUAUUAGAUUUAGAGGUGCUGUGUAUGCUGAUUCUGGGCGAUUUGAUCGCUGUAUUGAGUUAUGGACUUAUGCUUUGAGAAUGCAACAAAGAAUCUUGGAACCACUAAAUCCAAUGACUCAAUCAUCUCUUCUCUCAUUUGCUGAACUCUUUUCUUUCAUGUUGGGAGAAGCAGGACGACCAAUUACUCGUGGCAGAGUGGUCCCGCCAAUAGAGACAUCAGACAUGCUUUUAGUGUUCAAUCGUGCUGUUAAGGAAGUAGAAUUGGGUCAAAAAAUGUUCAAUGACCCCGCAUUUACUCAUGAAAAAGAUCUUUCAAGUCUUAAUCGUGCUUUAGUAAUAUCACUUCAUCUUGCAUGUCUUCUUUCUCGUCUCAUAUUUGAAGAAGACUGUGCAGAUGACAUAAAGAAGCAAAUUUUGACAUCACUUUAUGAUUUAGUUAAAUUAAAUGUAGUUGUAAAACAAGGAAGAACAGCACUUCAUUUAGCUUGUAAUCGUGAAGCAGCACUAGUUGGCCGAUAUCCAGUUUGUCAAUUUCCACUUCCCCAACUUGUGAAAGCGUUACUUCUCGUUGGAGCCGAUCCAGAUACCAAAGAUGAUGACGGAAAUAGUCCUUUACAUUUAGCGGCAUUAGCACGACCUUGUCCAGCAUCUUUGGCACAAGCUUUAGUGGAGCAUGGAGCUCAUUUAGAUACAAGAAAUCGUCACGGAGAAACCUUCGAAUCGCUUUUGCAAGGACAACAAGUUUACGAGUUAGUGAAUCCAGUAAAACAUACAAAACUUACAUGUUUGGCUGCAGCCGUUGUCAGAAAAAACAAUAUUCCUUAUCAAAGCCACGUGCCAGCUAUUCUUCAUCAAUUUAUUGAACAACAUUAGAACUCGUUAGAUGAGAAGAAUAAACAACAAUUCAGGACAUUUAUCAAAGAAGGAAAUCCAUCCAAUAUGUUUCAAUGAAACUUCAUUUUCUUCCAUAUUUUUAAAAACAAAGAAAUUACAUUUCAUUAUGUUUUGAUAAUUUUUAUGUCUUCCUGCUGAUAUUUUAAUUUUAUUAUUACUUUAUUUUACUCAAUUUAUUGCUCACAUUUUAAAAGAAUGAUGCGCAAGUGAUUUUAUCAAAUUAAUUUAACUGUUAUUCUUAAUUUACGUUCAUUUUAAAGAUUAAAAAAGAGAAAGAACUAAUUCCUAUUUUUCUUCCAAUUUUUUAAAUAUUUAUGGGACAUUUAAAUAACAUACUGAAUUUGGGUGUUCAUUGAGAGAUUUUAAGACAAAAAAAAAACUGUGUAAAAGAAGAAGAUAGGAACGAGGACAUUUAGCUCUGCUUGAUAAUUUAUCUGGUCAUAAAGUAAUUCAAUAUCUUUUUCGUGACAAUUUAUGUACUUAUGUAAUGAACUAUUUAGCUGCGAUUUUAUGUAAAAUUAAAUAUAUGAUAAGUCGAAAAGUCUUUCUGCUUUCAAGAUGAUGCAAAAGGAUUGUGGAUAUUUUUUAAGAAUAAAACUUGGCAUAAAUCUUGAAGACGGAAUACAUAUGAAGUUAAACGUAUUUCUACGUCAUAUUGCAUUCAUUAAUUGU